AUGGUCGGGGUUCGAAUAGACCCUGUUGAUACGGAGGACACACGUGUGCUCAAAUGCGUUCUCGUCGGAGAUGCGGCCGUUGGUAAAACUUCAUUAGUUGUUUCGUACACAACUAAUGGCUAUCCUCAAAGCUAUAUUCCGACAGCUUUUGACAAUUACUCAGUCGUCAGAGAUAAGAAAGAAGUAUCAGAACCGAGAAAAAAAAACGUUCGUAAUGUUGAUGAUCGCACGCAGAUGUGCUGCAGUUCGAAUGACAUUCUGGUGACGAGUCACGACGAGUUCUAA